AUGGCUCGUAGCAGUGAGCCCGGUCAGUCUCAGGUAGUCGGUCCAUCUCAGCCAAUAGUGGCAACACUUGGUGAUUCCAUCAUUUUGCCAAGUUAUCUGGAACCUGAAUACGAUGCUACGACGUUGACGGUGGAGUGGACCAGACCUGAUCUGAAGCCCAGAUUUGUCUAUGUGUCACGUUGGGCUCAGGAACUUGAACAUAUGAAAAAUCCUGCCUACAAAGGGAGAACAUCAAUGUUCAAUGAUGAACUGAAGCACGGAAACAUUUCACUGAAACUCUCCAAAGUGAAACAGGCUGAUGCAGGGAGAUACAGAUGCUUCAUUCCUGAGACACGAGAAGACACGUUCAUGGAGCUUGUUGUCGUUUCAGGUUCUGUUUCUGCACCUGUCAUCACUUUAGCAGGAACUGAUGGAAAAGGAGGAGUUGUGCUGCAGUGUGAGUCUGCAGGCUGGUAUCCAGAACCUGAGCUGUUGUGGCUGGACGGUGAGGGAAAGNAUGUCAGUCUCAGUCUGGAACUCGAACAACUGAAAAAUGCUGCCUACAAAGGGAGAACAUCAAUGUUCACUGAUGAACUGAAGCACGGAAACAUUUCACUGAAACUCUCCAAAGUGAAACAGGCUGACGCAGGGAGAUACAGAUGCUUCAUUCCUGAGCUAGAGAAAGACACGUUCAUGGAUCUUGUUGUCGGUUCUGUUUCUGCACCUGUCACCACUUUAGCAGGGGUUGAUGGAAAAGGAGGAGUUGUGCUGCAGUGUGAGUCUGCAGGCUGGUAUCCAGAGCCUGAGCUGUUGUGGCUGGACGGUGAGGGAAAGCUCCUCUCUGCUGGACCUCCAGAGACAGUCAGAGGUCCUGAUGACCUCUAUACUGUCAGCAGCAGAGUGAUUGUGGAGAAGAGACACAGCAACACCUUCACCUGCAGAGUCCAGCAGAACAACAUCAACCAGACCAGAGAGACAAUGAUUCAUGUUCCAGAUUUUGACAGCCGGCACCUGCGGCACGCCCAGCAGAGCUGCCAGAUCCGCCGGGCAAGUCACCGUCACCCGCUGUCAGUGUCAUCUCUGAAGAAGGCGAGAGUUUUCGCCGAAACUGUCAGCUCUGGUGAUGACGUCAGUUUGUUUAGGGAGGCGGUUGUGGGAUUUAUUGGGAAACUAGUGGAGGACACUAUCCCCAAAAGAACCAUCAGGGAGUUUUCCAAUCAGAAGCCGUGGAUGAACAAAGGCAUCCGUGACGCUCUGAAGUCCCGCACCACUGCCUACAACACAGGACUCACUACUGGAGACAUGGGACUGUACCGGGCCGCUACGUGCAGCGUCUGCAGAGCCGUGAGGGAGGCCAAGCAGAGGUAUGGGGAGAAGCUGGAGUCACAGCUGCAGGGACAUGAGGGCACUGUGGCAGGGACUACGAACAGUGAUGGACUUCAAAGCAACACCGACGCCCAUC